AUGGGCAAUUGUUAUGAUUCAAGAAAGAACACAGUAGUCUUAGCAUUUGAUUAAGCUGAAUAUACUCAAUUGGAUCAAUAAUUUCAAUAUUACUGUGAAUUAAGUAGUGAAACUCGUGAUACUAAGUAACUCAAUUAACGAUCCUUCGAGGAUAUCUUCUCAGAAAAUCCUGCCUUUGGAAUCAAGUUAUUUAAGUUCCUUGAAUUGUACAGUGGAAGUGAUGGUUUUGUGAGGAAGGAACCCUUGUUUGAAUUCUUGGAGCUGUUAGUGAAGGAUGUUCAAACUUCGGUUCCAGCCUUCAAGAACCUAGAAAGAUUUGAAUUGAUGUCCUUGAUUACUUUGCAGAACUAUAGAUAUGUAAAAUCAAAAGAAGAGUUGGCCCAAUUGCAAUUAACUUAUCUUGACACUCUCAGUGUCAUCAAAGAUAUUAUCAAAAUGUAUCAACAUGCUCAGAAGAACGCACCAACUAAUGAGAAAUACAUUAAAUCAUUAGUAGAUUAACUCUAUAAAAAUGAAUCAGGUUCCUUGUCUUGGGUUUAGUUGAUGGACUUCAUUUCAAAGUAGAUGCCAGGAACUAAAUAUCUUAUCAAAAAGUAUUUUUAAGCUAAAUUUAUGGGAAAACAAUUUAAUAAUACCAUUCCAGUUGUCAAUACUCCAUCAUAUUUUGUAACCGAUGAAUUGUUUUUCCAAUUAUUAUUGAGUACCUAAUCGGUGCUUACUGAUUGCAAUUAAUUAACCUUGUUAUAUUCAAGUGUUGCACAUCAAGGGGGGUUUAAUCAAAUGGUUCAAUCACUCAAAGAUUGUAAAUUACCUACGAUUAUGUUUUUUUAACAUGAAGAAAAAUAUGAAUAGAAGACUAAAUAAUAGAUAUUUGGAGCUCUAACGAAUCUUAGAUGGUAUGACACCAGAUAAUACUUUGGAACCAAGAAGGAUUGCAUUUUCUGUCUCUAUCCUCAUUUUAAGAUUUAUAGAUCCAAAAGAAGAGGAGAAUAAAACUACUGUUUUCUUGAUUCCAAUAAGGGAAUUGGAUUUGGGGGUAAAAAUGGAGAGGGGUGCAGAAUCUGGAUUGAUAAAGACUUACAGAAUUCCUAUUGCACUCAAACAGAUGAUUCAUAUGAAAAUGGACCUCUAAUUCUACCCUAUGUGAAGAAAUUGUAAAUUAACAUCAUUGAAAUUUGGGCUAUUUAACACCCUACUGAUGAAAAUGAUGAAAAUUUUGAUAUAAAAAUAGAUUUGAAGGAUCCACUCUUGUAACAAUCAGAUGAGGUCUAGUUUCCAAAUUCCAAUGCUGAUUUCUAUUGGGUCUAACAACAGAAAAAAGUGCAAAGUAAUUCAGGAUUUUAUUGGGAAAAUAGUAAUGUAAGUUGA